AUCCCAUCAUCUUCCCCAAAAGCCAGACUCCAGGGUCUUGAGCCAACCGUAGAGUCUAGACAGCCUCAUCACAGUUGAAUUCACACACAAACGCACCAGCACCCUCUACAGCCCGGCCUAGACCGAGUCGAAGCCGAACACCACACCGGGCCCCACCUAUCAGCGAUGCGCGACUCCGACUGGGCCCGGGGUGCGCGGCACGUGCGAGGUCGUUACCCCCUCCCUCCCGUAAAACCAAGCAGCGAGGUCGUCUUUUCCGCGGUAGCGUCCUCCCCAGCCCACCAAAUCUCGCCCAUGGUUUCCUCCUCCUCGCCCUCCACCGAGGAGGGCGGCCACACGCGCCACGGUGAGAAGAGGAGAAUGCGCGGCGGCGCGGCAGCCUCGCCGGAGCCCGGCCCCGCGGCCGCGGCCUCGCAGGAUUUCUGCUCAUCAAGAGGUUGCGAGGAGGACUUUGACGGAGCUACGACUACACAUGGAAAGUGGCGUCAAGAUGAAUCACACAGACCUGAAAUUGAUGAUGCCCCCAUUUUCUCUCCAACGGAAGAGGAAUUCAAGGAUGCAAUUGGGUACAUUACUAGCAUUCGUCCACUAGCAGAAAAAUAUGGAAUUUGUCGUAUUAUUCCACCAUCUUCUUGGAGACCACCAUGUCCACUGAAGGAGAAGAGUUUCUGGGAAUGUACAGAGUUCAAUACCCGAGUUCAACAAGUUGACAAGCUUCAAAACCGGGAGCCCACAAAGAAACGAACACAACUUCGAGUUCAGAAAAAAAGAAAGAGAAGAAAGAGACUGAGGUUUGGGAUGACACAUAGGCGUCCUAGUACAAAUGCUUCAGAAAACGCUGACUGUGCGGACUCUGAUGAGAAGUUUGGCUUUCAAUCUGGGUCUGAUUUCACACUAGAGGAGUUUCAGAAAUAUGCUGAUGAGUUCAAGCAGCAAUAUUUCGGAAUGAAGAGAAGUGAUGAAAUUUCUCUUGCUGAAAUUAAAAACCGCAAAGAAAUUUGGGAACCUUCUGUGGAGGAAAUUGAAGGAGAAUAUUGGCGGAUAGUUGUAUGCCCUACUGAUGAAGUUGAGGUGGACUAUGGUGCUGAUUUGGAUACCACAAUGUUUAGUAGUGGAUUUGCUAAAUUGUCUUCUUCAGCUGCAAAUAGGCAAGAUCCAUAUGCUUUGUCUUGUUGGAACUUGAAUAAUCUGCCACGGCUCCCUGGGUCUGUUCUUUCAUUUGAACACGAGGAUAUAUCUGGUGUUGUAGUCCCAUGGCUUUAUGCAGGGAUGUGCUUCUCUUCGUUUUGCUGGCAUGUGGAAGAUCAUUUCCUUUAUUCUCUGAAUUACAUGCAUUUUGGUGAACCAAAAGUUUGGUAUGGUAUUCCCGGUGGUGAAGCAGUGAAGCUGGAAGAAUCUAUGAGAAAGAACUUGCCAAAAUUGUUUGAGGAACAGCCUGAUCUCCUUCAUGACCUGGUUACACAGUUAUCUCCAUCUGUUCUAAAAUCAGAAGGAGUUCCUGUUUACCGUGUUGUUCAGAAACCAGGUGAGUUUGUUCUGACACUACCGCGAGCAUACCAUUCUGGAUUCAACUGUGGCUUCAACUGUGCGGAGGCAGUAAAUGUCGCUCCUGUGGAUUGGCUACCUCAUGGACAAUGCGCUGUUGAGCUCUACAGAGAGCAGCGUCGCAAGACAUCAAUAUCACAUGACAAGUUAUUACUAAAGACUGCAAAAGAAGCUGUCAGACAGCUUUGGAUGAACAUUUUUGACUGCAAGAGUGAUUGGGGGAAGUAUAGAUGGCUGGACACGUGUGGAAAGGAUGGAGUUCUGACAAGUGCAAUUAAGACAAGGGUUAAAAUGGAAGAUGCAGCACGGGAGGCGAAUGCUCUUUUGAAAAGUAAGAAGAUGGACAGGGAUUAUGAUUCAACUGAUCGGGAGUGCUUUUCGUGCUUUUAUGACCUCCACUUGUCUGCUGUCUGUUGCCAGUGCUCACCAAACCGCUUUUCUUGCCUAAACCAUGCAAACCUUCUUUGUUCAUGUGAAAUGGACAGAAAAUUUACAUUCUUCCGAUACAGCAUGGAGGAGCUGAAUAGUCUUGUAAAAGCUUUGGAGGGUGAUCUGACUGCGGUUGCUCAAUGGGGACAGGACGACCUUGGCUUAGUUUGCCCAUCUGGUUCUGUGCAGCAGAGGAAGGUCGACUUGGUUAAAGGCACAGAAUCCCUAGGAUCAGUGAUUCACGAUGUUGGUUCUAGCUGCAGUGACAAUCAAGGUCACUGCCCUGACCAUGAAAAGCCAGCAGGAUACCAGCAACAGAAUGGAACACAGAAUAAAUAUCUUGAUCUCAACAUAGAAGAUCCACCAAGUAGUUCCAGAAUAAAAGAAGAGCUAGUCCGUAGUUCUGACAUACCAAGUGCAGAAUAUUUCUCAAGAUCGACAACUAUUGUUUUAGGAAAGCAUGAAAAGGAUAGGAUGGUUGUCAAUUACGAGCCUCUGCAGAGAAUUGAUAAUUCAUUUAGCUCAACCUCUGAGUGCAGUUGCUCAUUGUCCCUGAAUUGUUCAUCCAAAUUACUGUCUCCUUCAAGAAUCCAAAUAAGCAAUUCUGACCUAGCUUCCAAUCCUACCAAGAAACUAUUUGGUGUUGACAUUGGAAAUUUAGCGAAGCCUUCUGACGGUCAGGUUAUUCAAAUGGCAAAACCUUCUUCAAGCAAAUCUGAUGUAGUGUCUAGUCCAAUAUCAAUGCCCCUGGUUGAGCCACUCGACUAUGGAACAAUAAUGAUUGGCAAAAAAUGGUCCAAUAAUCAAGCUAUUUUUCCUAAAGGAUUCAGAAGUCGAGUUAUAUUUGACAAUAUACAAGAUCCAACAUGGCAAUGUUGCUACAUUUCAGAAGUCCUAGAUGGUGGUCCUCUUGGACCCUUGUUUAGGGUGACCAUAGAGCAGGUUCCGGAGGUUUCUUUUAUUGACACUUCACCAAUGCGUUGUUGGUAUAGUGUGAGAGACAGGGUGAAUGAAGAAAUAAAAAAACUACAAAGGGUUGGAAAAUCUGGGCUCCCUGGUUUGUUAGCCCCUGAUUCUGUAAACGGGCUUGAAAUGUUUGGGUUUUUGUCCCCACAAAUCAUUCAGGAAAUUGAGGCUCUAGAUCCCCAUCACCAGUGUUUAGACUAUUGGUUAUCGAAGCCUUCGUUUCCAGUGAAAGUACCCCCUUCAGAAGUUGCAAAGGCAAAAGCGAUUGAAGGCUCCAACAAUUCCCAUAUAAGGCUACUUGGGGUGGAGAUUACAAGGAGCGAGCCUGAACAAUCAAGUUUCUGUAGUAAUUCCUGUGCAGAUGAGGUCACACUCGGUAGGCUGCCGAAGAAGGCUAAACUACCAGAAGGACCGGAACUAGUAGUGAUGAAUGAAGUAUUCAGCAGUGGAGUGGAUAACAGCAGAAGAAUCUGCAGAGACAGUAGCCACUAUGCAGGAUGAGGUGAAGAAUAAUGUAGAUAGAUAGUGCCCUGAACAGAUAAAAUAUCUCAAGUAAUAUGUCUUAGAAUGCUUCCCUAGGAACCAUUAGAUUGAUCUAGGGUCACCAUUGAUUUUCGUUCUUAUAGAAUCAGAUCCCGUGACCGUCCUUUUAGAUUUACACGAUCCUGAUUCAUCCUAGCUGAAUUCAAGAUGGUUCAUUUGUCCUCUAAUUGUGUCCCGAUUAGCCAGUUUCAUUGUAACCAAUGUAUCAAGUUAAUCAUUCGUCUCAACAAAAGUUUGGAUGUACACAUCAUUGGUAGCUGGAAAUUGAGAAAGAAAUGAAGAGAAGUUUUUCGAUUA